AUGAUCAAGCUUGUAGCACAAGAAAGGAGUGAGAAGCAUGGAUGUGGCCAAGGGGUGGUGUGUGCCGUGCAGGCGCUGAUACGCAGGAAGGUGAAGGUGGCGGAUCCGGAUGCAAUCUACCGCAUUCAGGUGCCCCUGCCGCUGCCGCUCUCCUGGGGCCGCUCUGUGCGCCCAUAUGUGCCCAGUGGGGCUGCUGAUGUGGCUGCUGCUCCGGAGCCAAAGUCUGUCUAUGUAGAGCUGGCGGACAUGGCUGCAGCAGACUUCAAGUCUCUUGGCCGGAGCUACCAGGGAGUGCUAAUAAACCAGGGUUGGGAGAUAAAGGGUGCACAAGGGGAUGGCAGCGUUGCGCGUCUGGCAAAGAUUCCCAUCCAGCAGUUGUGCCCUGUGGGAUUCGUCUUCAUCUGGGUCGACAAAGUGCAUGUGGCGGCUGUAGUCAAGCUGCUGUACAAGUGGGGUUACAGCUACGUGGAGAAUCUGACAUGGGUGCAGAUAGCUCCCAAUAACACCAUCCUCACCGCUCCUGCUCCCUAUGCCCAGCGCUCCCACCUCACCCUCUUCAUCUUCAGGAAGAGCGAGCAAUUGACAUGUGCUGCAGGAGAGGGCAAGGACAUCGAGCUGCGGCACCAGAGGAACCCGGAUGUGCUUUUCGACUGCGUGCGCAAACAGGAAGGUCAAGUGACAGGUGUUCCAGCAGAGACAUUUGUGGCCAUAGAGACGCUGCUGCCCACGGGGAAGGAAAAGUUCUUGGAGCUGUAUGCUCCAAUUGGAGCCAGCAGGCCCGGCUGGACACAUGUGGCAGUGCAGAACGCAUGA